GCCACCCUGGAAGCCAGAAUACCACCACCAUCACCGAGAUCGGGAUCUUCUUCCCUCGGUGGCGGCACGCCGCCGAUCUUGGUGAUGGUGUCAAUCUCUAGGCCUGCGACACCUGGGAGACCUGGAAUCCUGCCCGCCCCGCGGCGGCCCGGCGUGCCCCCGCCCCGCAGGCACCAGGUCCGGUAGCGACAGGCCGCCGAUGGCGUGCGUGCUGAGCUCCACCCGCACGCAGCGCCAGCCAGUGAGGUGCAAGUCCGGGUGGUGGCCCUCCUCCUCCGCCACGGCGCUCACGGCGUUGAGGAAGUCCAUGGCGGCCUUCCAGUGCUUCGCCACGAAGCUGCGGCUGAUGGCCCUCUGGUCAUCCGACAGCCUCCACUGCGGCAGCGCGGGGAAGCCGGGCCAGCACCGCGCCCAGGGGCAGCGGGGGCGUGCCCUUCCCGCAGCAGCCGCCGCUUUUGCAGGCUCGCAGCUCCUCCGCCGUGGCGGCCGCGCCGGCCAGCUCCUGGACGCCGCCUGCCGGCAGCGCCUCCAGGCCCGCCAUGGUGGCCCCAGGCGGAGGCUGGGUGCGCGGCGGUCGGUCGGCUUCGGGCAGCAGUGAAGGGGCCCU